GAAGACACAGAAAACAUGCACUUUGACCGACACCCGCGCUUUGACCUGCAACCCCAAGGUUCCAUCCUGGCCCGGAACGUUUCGACGCGCUCCUGUCCCCCCCGCACCAGCCCCCCCUCUGACCUGGAGGAGGAGGACGAAGGGGCCAACGACCGAGGGGAACGUAAACCUGGGGGGUUGAAGUUGGUGAAGAAGAAACCACGGCGACGGCACACUGACGACCCCAGCAAGGAGUGCUUCAGCCUCAAGUUUGAUCUGAACGUUGACAUUGACACAGAGAUCGUCCCCGCCGUGAAAAAGAAGACCUUAAGGGAGGUGCUGGGUCCUGUGUUUGAGCGUAAAGGUAUUGAGUUAUCCCGGGUAGAUCUGUUCCUGGACCAGUCCAACACUCCCCUGUCCCUGAACUUUGAGGCUUACCGCUUCGGUGGCCACUAUCUCAAGGUCAAAGAACCGGCGCGGCCAGGUGAUGAGCUGAAGGUGGAGCAGGGGGUGAAAGACCUGCGGUCGCUCAGUCUGCCCAACAUGAAGCCCUCCUUGGGGGAGCAGAGUCCCUACAUCCUUACCCUCUGUAGUGAGAGGGUGGAGCACGGAUCCCUUGGACGCAAGGAGAGCAACGUCGAUCUGCUGGGUCAGGCACGUCGCAGGAAGAACAUAACAGAGUUCCUUGGGGACGCCAGCAUCCCGUCUCCGGACUCCCUGACCGCACUGAGCGGCUCUCUGCCCAGUGUGGGGGCUGGACCGGACAGCUGGAAGAACCGCGCCGCCAGCCGCUUCUCUGGCUUCUUUAGCUCCAACACUGGAGCAGGGGCCUUUGGCAAGGAGGUGGAUCGCAUGGAGCAGCUCCAGAAUAAGCUGCAGUCGUACACUCUGUUUGGCCUUCCCAAGGUUCCUCCUCAGCUCUCCUUCCAUCACGACUCCUGGGAGGAGGAAGAGGAGGAGACCAGCUUCACCCUGGAGGACAGCUGGACACAGCUACUCGACAACCAUGAGACGUUGACCAGACGCCAGUUCCACCAGCAGGAGGCUAUCUGGGAGCUCCUGCACACUGAGGCCACCUACAUCAAGAAACUACGAGUCAUCACUGACUUGUUCCUGUGCGGGCUGUUGAACCUGCAGGAGAGUGGUCUGCUGACAGAGGUGGAGCCUGCGCGACUCUUCAGUAACAUCCAGGACAUUGUGCGUCUACAUACGGCCCUGUGGAACCAGGUGAUGCUGCCUGCCCUGGAGAUUGCCCGGCAGGCCAGGACCCUCCUCAACCCUACAGACCUCCACCACGGCUUCAGGACAAUUGGCUCCAGGUUUAAGCCCUACAUCCGUUACUGUAUGGAGGAGGAGGCCAGUAUGGAAUACAUGAGGUCACUCCUCAGGGACAACGAGCUCUUCAGGAUCUACGUCACGUGGGCUGAGACUCAUAAGCAGUGUAACCGGCUGAAGCUGGCUGACAUGCUGGCCAAGCCUCACCAGAGACUCACCAAGUACCCCCUACUGCUGAAGGCUGUCCUCAAGAAGACUGACGACUCGCCGUCCCGCGACGCCGUCAGCGGAAUGGUGGCGUGUGUGGAGGGCUUCAUCAACAGCGUGGACUCUCGGAUGCGCCAGCGGGAGGAGCAGCAGAAGCUAGCCGCCAUCUCUGGACGCAUCGACUCCUACGAAGCAGUGGAGGGGAGCAGCGAGGAGUUGGAGAAGAUCCUGCGUGAGUUCAACCGCUUCGACCUGAUGGCUCCUAUGAGAGGCACAUCACCAGAGGAGACCAGACAGCUCCAUUUGGAGGCGGCACUGCGCAUGAAGGAGGGCAAAGACAGCAGGAUGGAGGUGUACUGCUUCCUGUUCACAGACCUGCUGCUCAUCACCAAACCAGUGAAGAAGUUAGAGAAGGUCAAGGUGAUCAGACAGCCCCUCCUCAUCCACAAUGUUAUCUGCAAAGAACUCAAGGACCCUGGCUCCUUCAUUCUCAUCUACCUCAAUGAGUUCAAGAGCGCUGUGGCAGCCUACACUUUCCAGGCCAACAGCGCCACCCAGGGGCGAAGCUGGGUUGAUGCCAUCUGCAACGUCCAGAACCAGCUCCAGAGAAUGCGGACUGAGGAGGUUCUCAGGCAGCAGGUCACCCUACAGCGCCGUCUAUGCGGAGAGGAAGAGGAGGAGGAAAACAAGAGCAGCUCCCCCUGCAUGAGGAACAAAGAUCAGCAGGGACCAAGUCAUUCGGAUUGCUCCACAGAGACCCUGUCAGUCAUGGACAUAGGAGAGGAUUCAGGGGAGCACCAAAACCCCUCUGCCACAAGCACAGACUCAGGAGGACCCUUAGAAAAGAGCCUAGACUCGGGCACAGUUACCCCACCUACUGGGCCUGAGCCCCUGCACUGCAACCCUGCCAGCCCCCAGGACAACCUUGCCGACCGGGACCCUGAGCCAGAGCAGGAGGGUGUUAUGGAGGGAGGGGAGGUUGAGCUGGAGCCUCAGUGUCGCUCUCUGUCCAUGGACAGUGCCUACGGUACCCUCUCCCCAGAGUCCCUACUGAGAGAGCUGGACCUACAGACACGACCAGGCCAGAGCAAGGGAGAGGAGACUGAAGAGGAGGGAGAGAUAGAGGGCCACGAGGUGGAGGUGGAAAUGGAGAACGAAAAGGUGGUAAUGAAACUGGUGGAGAAGGAAGAGGAGGAGGAUUCAACCUCUGUUGGUUCCCAGCUGUCAGUGGUUCAGUCUUUGAAGCCUCGGCGACGCCCCCCGGUUACGGCCCGCCUCCGCUGCCUCCAGAGCCUGAACAUCAAGUCCCUUUCAGAGGACAACCUUCUGCAGCGUUUCCGCGACAAUGCACCUGUCUCCCGGAUACAAACCCGCAGCCUUACAGCCCAGGACCAAUCAGAACACAGGAGCGAGAGGGCGGAAUGCCUGGUCCACAGUAAGAGUCUAUCAGCCCACGACCUUACUGGGCUGUUUCAGACUGACCAAGACUCAGAGCCUGAGUAUGAGGACUUCCUGAGUAUGAGCAUGCCUUCUGGUAAUCUCUGUGACACCCUGAGGAAGGCAGAGGCCCGGCAGGUCCAGAGGGCUCUGGCUGCAGCUGAGGCCUGUGAAGGCAGCAAUAGCCAGGCUGACAGCAGCAGCUCAGAUGGGGAGAUGGUGGUGGCGCCCUCUGGAGGACAGGGGGGGAAGUGCAGUGAGUCGUUCACAGCCGGUUGCCCAGAGAAGCAGUCGUCGCCCAAAAGAAGGAAGACCCAUCAGCACAAGAAGCUGACCCUAGCCCAGCUCUAUAGGAUACGCACCACCCUAGUGCUCAACUCUACUCUCACUGCAUCGUAA